GUCGUCUGAUUGACUGACUAAGUUGUAAAUAGAAAGAAGAUAAUGUAGUUAAUGCAAUUAAAGACGGUCGUAAGGAUUCCCAGCGGAGUGGGAAGCCAGUCGAGGCCCGCGCUCCGAGCUAGCCGUAAAGCCGCCCAGUCGCCCAACCGCCCAGUCGCCCAGUCUCUCAGUUGCCCAGCCGCCGGACAUUGUUGUGCCGCGCCCACGACCACCAUGGCUGCAGGAGGAGUGACAUGCCCGGAGCCGCUGGUGCGCCGGCGCGCCGUGCCGGUCAUCUACGUGUGCGGCUCACACUACGACGUCGGCUUCGAUGUGGGUCGCACGUUCGCCGCUCUCAUCAGGAGCUUCGUGUCGUCGUACGGCAACCUGCGCGGGUUCGAGCGCGAGUACAAGUCGCCGGCGGGCCGCGCCGCCUACGAGCGCACGCUCGCCAACAUGCGCCGGCGCCACCCGUACUACGUGCGCGAGAUGCAGGGCAUCGCCGACGGCUCCGGCGUGCCCUUCCAACAGUUGUUCCUGCUGCAGAUGGACGACCUGAUCGGCAACAUAAACGACGUCCACGUGCCGCGCAACGACACCGGCGGCUGCUCCUCCAUCGGCCUGCUCACCCCGCACGGCGCGGUGCUGGGACACACGGAGGACGCGUUCGCGGAGACGCUGAACCACUUCUACAUCGUGUCGGCGCACGUGAUACCCACGCCCGAGGACGCCGCCGCCGGGGCGGUGGAGGAGCGGUUCGCGUCGCUGUGCUACGCCGGCCACCUGCCCGGGUACACCAUGGGCUACAACGAGAACGGGCUCGUGUUCUCCAUCAACACGCUCAGCCCCAUGGUGCUCAAGCCUGGAAACACGCCGAGAACAUUCAUCACACGGGCGCUGCUGGCAUCGAAGAACCUGAGCGAUGCGAAGCGGGUGCUGACAGACGAGGGGCUGGGCGUGGGCAACGGUUUCUCUGUAAACAUGGUGUGGUCGGAGGAGGGCGGUGCGCGCGCGCUUUACAACGUGGAGGUGGCGCCAGACCUGGCGCACGACCGCUCCCUGAUCAACGUACACCGCUACGAGACGGAACCCCUCGUGCACUGCAACCUAUACCAGCGACUGCAGGUGAAGGAGGUGAUCGGCCCGAUCAUUGACAGCAGCAAGGAGCGACUGCGCACGAUCCAUGCGCACGCGCCGCCACUCGCCCGCGCGGACAUUGCCGACGUGCUUUCCGAUGACAGCGGAACCACCUUUCAGGUGUUCCAGCACAAGCCCGACAGCGUGAUCAAGACCAUCGCUGCAGGUAUCUUCGACUUGGAGCAGAUGUCGUGGAGCAUCUACAUCAACCAGCCGAACGCGUCGGAGCCUGUGGCCGUGCUGCCCAUCCGGUUCUCCUCUCUCGAGGGCCAACGUUAACUUCUCAUAUAACACCCGUCCGCCGUUCUCCACUGGUCCUCAAAGUUAAUAUCAGAACGCUAAUGAAAUGACGAUUCAAGAUCUGACUUGCAUCACUUGAUACUUGUAGAGUGUUGUAGGUAUAUUUUAUAGUACUAAUUAGAAGUGUUUAGUAAUGAAUGACUUUACGAAAGCAAUGUGUAGGUACCAUAAUUUCGACUUUCACUUAUUUAUACCUACUUACAUAAAAUCGUGUAAUUAUUAUUAUUAUAAUAGUAUUAACCUAAGUUCAUUAUAAGAUGGGGAGGGACUCAACAUAGGGACCACUAAAAUAAUGCUUUUUAUGACCAACAUUGUAGUUUGAUUACUUUCAACCCUUACCUACUUAGUUCCUUUGAUUGUGUUUAGUAAUUUAAUAGGUUAGUAAAUUAAAUUAAUUCAUAUGCUAAGCUAGGUCGAACCACGUAAUAUACUGUAACAAUGUACCUAGUACCUGAGGAAUAAAGGAUAAAACUGAA